GUUAAAGAUUUCAAACAACAUCUUUCAUCAACCUUAACCUUCUCAACUAGCUUUUCGCGUCGGUCAUAUCGGAGGACGUCGCGUCUAAUUGUUAAUUUCAUCACGAUCUCUAUUCGCUUCGAUUGCUAGGAAUCGAAAAACACUGCUGCCUGCUUAAGGCGCCCGUAGCACCCUCGCGCGACUGAUCGCGCCGCGGCAGCGACAGCAUCGAAAGUCACAAAGCUACAAUCUCUGUUGGCUUGAAGAUGUCAUCCUUUCAACCCCCUCCGCCUCCUCCUGGAUGGGGACCGCCACCACCACCUCCCCCUCCGUCAGAUUUCCUUCCACCGCCGCCAGGAGCUCCAGCUCCUCCUCCCCCUGGAUACCGCCCCCCGACCGAUCCUCAGAUCGCGAAGUUUGCGCAGAAGAAGAAGGAAUGGCUUCGGGACCAGCGAAACCGCUUUGGAGAAAAGCGCAAGGGCGGCUUCGUGGAGACCCAGAAGGCUGAUAUGCCCCCCGAACAUCUGCGCAAGAUCGUGAAGGAUAUCGGCGAUGUCUCCCAGAAGAAGUAUACAAGCGAUAAACGAAGCUACCUUGGCGCUCUCAAGUUCAUGCCGCAUGCCGUAAUGAAGUUGCUGGAGAAUAUGCCCAUGCCGUGGGAGUCGUCAAGGGAAGUCAAGGUCUUGUACCAUGUCAACGGGUGCCUGACGCUUGUAAACGAGAUUCCUCGUGUUAUCCCGCCCGUAUUCCACGCGCAGUGGGCAACGAUGUGGUUGACCAUGAGGAAGGAAAAGAGCGACCGAAGGCUGUUCAAGCGAAUGAGGUUCCCGCCGUUUGAUGACGAAGAGCCACCUCUAUCGUGGUCUGAGAACAUCGAGGAUGUCGAACCGCUGGAGCCGAUUCAGAUGGAGCUCGACGAGGAAGAGGAUGGUGCGGUGUACGAAUGGUUUUAUGACCAUCGGCCCUUGGUCGAUACCGAGCACGUCAACGGACCGAGUUAUAAACAGUGGAAUCUCACGUUGCCGCAGAUGGCCGCGCUCCACCGACUUAGUCGCCCGUUACUAAGCGAGACGGUCGACCAGAAUUAUUUCUACCUAUUCGAUCUGAAGAGUUUCCUUACAGCAAAGGCUUUGAAUGUCGCGCUACCCGGUGGUCCUCGAUUCGAACCACUAUAUAAGGACAUCGAUCCAAACGACGAGGAUUUCGGAGAGUUCAAUGCCAUCGAUCGAAUUAUAUUCCGAUUCCCGAUUCGCACUGAGUACCGAGUCGCUUAUCCCUACCUGUACAACUCGCUUCCUCGAAGUGUCAAGUUCAACUGGCACUCUCACCCGCAGAUCGUGUAUACUAAAUCCGAAGACCCUAAUCUACCUGCUUUUCACUUCGACCCUAUGAUCAAUCCUAUAUCGUCUCGCUCAGUCGCCCCGAAGAAUGUCACUAUUAGUCACGAGGACGAGAUCUUCGGUGCGGGUAAUCUUGAAGAGUCCGAGGACGAUGCUUUCGAAUUGCCGGCUAGCGUUGAGCCCUUUUUAGCUGAUGAAGAGCUUUAUACCGAGGACACGUCCUCUGCCAUUGGUCUCUGGUGGGCUCCUUUCCCAUUCAAUCGUCGAUCUGGUCGGAUGGUUCGUGCACAGGAUGUACCGCUCGUAAAGCAGUGGUACCUCGAGCAUUGCCCUCCGAAGCAGCCAGUUAAAGUUCGAGUUUCGUAUCAGAAGCUACUCAAGACAUACGUACUCAAUGAGCUUCACAAGAAAAAGCCGAAGGCUCUCAACCGGCAAAAUCUUCUGAGGACGUUAAAACAGACCAAGUUCUUCCAGCAGACGACGAUCGACUGGGUUGAAGCCGGUCUCCAAGUUUGUCGACAAGGAUUCAAUAUGUUGAACCUCUUGAUCCACCGCAAGAACCUCACAUAUCUUCACCUGGAUUAUAACUUCAACCUCAAGCCGGUGAAAACGCUGACUACGAAGGAGCGGAAAAAGUCACGUUUUGGCAAUGCCUUCCAUCUCCAGCGUGAAAUAUUGCGUCUAUUGAAAAUAAUCAUAGAUUGUCAUGUGCAAUACCGGUUAGGUAAUAUAGACGCUUUCCAAUUAGCUGAUGGUAUCCUCUACGCCUUCAACCACGUUGGUCAGCUAACCGGUAUGUACCGGUACAAGUAUAAGCUGAUGCAUCAGAUUCGGUCGUGUAAGGAUCUGAAACAUCUUAUCUACUACCGCUUCAAUAGCGGGCCUGUUGGCAAGGGACCUGGCUGUGGUUUCUGGGCGCCGGCCUGGCGAGUUUGGCUUUUCUUCAUGCGAGGAAUAAUUCCCCUCCUUGAACGAUGGCUAGGAAAUCUACUCUCCCGUCAAUUUGAAGGACGUCACAGCAAGGGCGUGGCCAAGACUGUGACCAAGCAACGUGUUGAGUCCCACUUCGACCUAGAACUCCGAGCUUCGGUGAUGGCCGAUCUUAUGGAUAUGAUGCCCGAGGGUAUCAAGCAGAAUAAGGUCAAUACUGUCCUCCAACACUUGUCAGAAGCUUGGAGAUGCUGGAAGAGUAAUAUUCCGUGGAAAGUGCCUGGCCUACCUGCCCCUAUCGAAAACAUCAUUCUUCGCUAUGUCAAGGCAAAGGCGGACUGGUGGAUGUCGGUCGCACAUUACAAUCGUGAGCGUAUUCGGCGAGGCGCAACCGUUGAUAAGACGGUCGCAAAGAAGAACGUGGGUCGUUUGACGCGUCUCUGGCUAAAGGCUGAACAGGAGCGUCAGCAUAACUACAUGAAAGACGGCCCUUACGUAUCGUCUGAAGAAGCUGUGGCGAUCUACACAACGACGGUACACUGGCUUGAAUCCCGGAAGUUUACCCCAAUUCCGUUCCCGAGUGUGUCAUACAAGCACGACACAAAGAUUCUGAUCCUUGCCUUAGAAAGACUGCGAGAGGCGUAUUCCGUGAAAGGCCGCCUUAACCAAAGUCAACGGGAGGAAUUAGCGCUGAUCGAACAAGCUUAUGACAGCCCCGGCACUACUUUGGAAAGGAUCAAGCGAUUCCUCCUCACGCAACGAGCAUUCAAAGAAGUCCAGAUUGACAUGAACGAUAAUUACAGUACCAUCAACCCUGUUUAUGAUAUCGAACCCAUCGAGAAGAUCAGCGAUGCCUAUCUUGACCAGUAUCUGUGGUACCAGGCCGACCAGCGGCAUCUCUUCCCCGCCUGGAUCAAGCCCUCUGACUCCGAGGUACCACCCCUUCUAGUAUAUAAAUGGGCUCAGGGUAUCAACAACCUAGAAAAGGUCUGGGAGACUGAGGAUGGAGAAUGCAAUGUCAUGAUCGAGACAGAGCUUUCCAAGGUCUAUGAGAAGAUAGAUCUGACUUUGUUGAACCGACUUCUCAGAUUAAUCAUGGAUCACAACCUGGCGGAUUACAUCAGCUCCAAGAACAACGUGCAGUUAACAUACAAGGACAUGAAUCACAUCAACAGCUACGGUAUGAUUCGUGGUCUUCAGUUCUCGGGCUUUGUUUUCCAGUACUAUGGUCUUGUGCUCGACCUAUUGCUCCUCGGUUUGAACCGUGCUAGUGAGAUCGCCGGUCCGCCGUCAAGCCCGAACGAUUUCCUUCAGUUCCGUGACCGCGAGACUGAGACAAAGCAUCCUAUUCGUUUGUACACAAGGUACAUUGGCAGGAUAUGGGUUUUCCUGCGAUUUACCGCCGAAGAGUCACGAGAUCUCAUCCAGCGAUUUCUAACAGAACAGCCCGACCCGAACUUUGAAAAUGUCAUAGGCUAUAAGAGCAAAAAGUGUUGGCCGAGGGACUCCCGCAUGCGACUUAUGAGGCACGACGUCAACCUUGGCCGAGCCGUAUUCUGGGAUUUGAAGAAUCGACUGCCUCGAUCCGUUACCACCAUCGAAUGGGAUGACACCUUCGCUAGUGUCUAUAGUCGUGACAAUCCAAAUCUGCUCUUCUCCAUGUGUGGAUUCGAGGUCCGCAUUCUUCCGAAGAUCAGGAACCAGAAUGAUGAGUUCCCUAUCAAGGAUAGUGUGUGGUCUCUCGUAGAUAAUACUACCAAGGAGAGAACAGCACAUGCCUUCCUGCAAGUUACAGAGGAAGAUAUUCAGAAGUUUAACAAUAGGAUUCGUCAGAUCCUUAUGUCUUCUGGAUCGACCACCUUCACCAAGAUUGCCAAUAAGUGGAACACCGCCCUUAUUGCGCUCUUCACCUACUAUCGUGAGGCUGCCGUAUCCACUAUCAAUCUACUGGAUACAAUUGUGAAAUGCGAGACCAAAAUUCAGACCCGUGUGAAGAUAGGGUUGAACUCGAAGAUGCCAUCACGUUUCCCUCCUGCUGUCUUCUAUACGCCGAAGGAGCUAGGUGGUCUCGGAAUGAUUUCCGGUUCACACAUUCUCAUUCCAGCCAGCGACAAGCGUUACUCGAAGCAGACGGAUACUGGAGUGAGCCAUUUCCGAGCCGGUAUGACGCAUGAUGAAGAAACCCUCAUCCCUAACAUUUUCCGAUACAUCAUCCCCUGGGAGGCUGAGUUUAUCGACUCGCAAAGAGUUUGGACGGAGUACUCCCAAAAGAGAUUGGAGGCCAAUCAACAAAACAGGCGUUUGACCUUGGAAGACUUAGAAGACAGCUGGGAUCGUGGUCUGCCGCGUAUCAACACGUUAUUCCAAAAGGACCGAAGCACGCUCAGUUUUGACAAGGGUUUCCGUACUAGAAGCGAAUUCAAGAUCUACCAGCUCAUGAAGAGCAAUCCCUUCUGGUGGACCAGUCAACGUCAUGACGGAAAGCUUUGGAACUUGAACGCCUACCGCUCCGAUGUUAUCCAGGCCUUGGGCGGUGUAGAAACGAUCCUCGAGCACACUUUGUUCAAGGCAACGGGUUUCCCAUCAUGGGAGGGUCUGUUUUGGGAAAAGGCCAGUGGUUUUGAGGAGUCGAUGAAAUUCAAGAAGUUGACCAACGCGCAAAGAUCCGGUCUAAACCAAAUUCCCAACCGUCGGUUCACGCUUUGGUGGUCUCCUACUAUUAACCGUGCAAAUGUCUACGUCGGUUUCCAGGUGCAACUGGAUCUUACAGGCAUUUUCUUACACGGCAAAAUUCCUACCUUGAAGAUUUCUCUCAUCCAAAUUUUCCGUGCCCAUUUGUGGCAGAAAAUCCACGAGUCUGUUGUUAUGGACUUCUGUCAAGUCUUCGACCAACAGCUAGAAUCUCUUGGUAUCGAGACCGUCCAGAAAGAAACCAUCCAUCCUCGAAAAUCAUACAAGAUGAACAGCUCUUGUGCUGAUAUCCUGCUUUUCGCUAGUAACAAAUGGAACGUCACUCGACCAUCGCUUUUACACGACACCAAGGACACUAUUGAGCCUACUACGACGAAUAAAUUCUGGCUAGAUAUCCAAUUACGGUACGGCGACUAUGAUUCUCACGAUAUUGAGCGGUAUACUCGUGCGAAAUACUUAGAUUACACCCAAGACAGCAUGAGUAUCUAUCCUUCGGCAACUGGAUUGAUGAUCGGUAUCGAUCUUGCUUACAAUCUUUACUCUGCCUACGGACAAUAUUUCCCUGGUUUGAAGCAACUUGUACAAGAGGCUAUGGCCAAAAUUAUGAAGGCCAACCCGGCUCUUUACGUCCUCCGCGAGCGUAUUAGGAAGGGUCUACAGCUAUACGCCUCGGAGAGCAACCAAGAGUUCCUCAACUCUCAGAACUACUCCGAGUUAUUUAGUAACCAGACGAAGCUCUUUAUCGAUGAUACUAACGUGUAUCGUGUUACUAUUCACAAGACCUUCGAAGGCAAUUUGACCACGAAGCCAAUUAACGGCGCGAUCUUUAUUUUCAAUCCCCGAACCGGUCAACUAUUCCUUAAGAUCAUUCACACCAGCGUCUGGGCUGGCCAAAAGCGUCUAGGUCAACUAGCCAAAUGGAAAACGGCCGAAGAAGUUGCUGCUCUCAUUCGAUCCCUACCGGUGGAAGAACAGCCCAAGGAACUAAUUGUCACUCGCAAAGGUCUGUUGGAUCCUCUAGAAGUGCACUUGUUGGAUUUCCCGAACAUCUCUAUCCGGGCCUCGGAAUUGCAGCUACCCUUCCAGGCAGCAAUGAAGGUUGAAAAGCUAGGAGACAUGAUUCUCCGUGCUACCGAACCUCAGAUGGUUCUUUUCAACCUCUACGACGAAUGGCUCAAGAGUAUAUCAUCGUUCACUGCGUUUUCCCGUCUAGUUCUCAUACUUCGUGCCCUUCACGUCAACCCCGAUAAGACAAAACUCAUCCUUCGACCUGACAAGACCGUUAUCACUCAAGUGCAUCACAUCUGGCCUACGUUGUCAGACGAGGAUUGGAUCAAGGUGGAAGUCCAACUACGAGAUCUGAUUCUGCACGACUACGGAAAGAAGAACAACGUCAAUGUCUCCAGCUUAACUAGCAGUGAAGUUCGGGAUAUCAUCUUGGGUAUGGAAAUAUCUGCGCCGUCUAUGCAACGACAACAAGCUGCGGAAAUAGAAAAGCAACAAGAGGAGCAGCAGCAGAUCACAGCUGUUACCACAAAGACGCAAAAUAUCCAUGGCGAAGAACUCAUCGUCACUACAACGUCCAAGUACGAGCAGGAGAAAUUCGCGUCCAAGACGGAGUGGCGGACUCGAGCUAUUGCCACGUCGAACCUCCGAACUCGAGCCAACAACAUAUACGUCUCGUCUGUGGACAAUGAUUUGGAAGACAUUACUUACGUCAUGCCGAACAACAUCCUGAAGAAGUUCAUAACCAUUGCGGACCUGCGAGUACAAAUUGCCGGAUACCUAUAUGGUGUAUCCGCCCCAGACAAUGAUCAAGUGAAGGAAAUUCGCUGCAUUGUCAUGGUACCUCAGAUCGGCAAUACGCGCUAUAGCCAACUCCCUCACCAAUUGCCGCAGCAUGAAUAUCUGUCGGACAUGGAGCCUCUCGGUGUGAUCCACACUCUAGCCGGAAACGAGUCACCCUACAUGUCUGCGGUCGACGUUACUAUGCACUCUCAGCUUCUUGACCGCCACAAUAAGUGGGAUAAGGAGAAGACGGUGAUGAUUGACGUCUCUUUCACUCCCGGUUCAGUCUCUCUAGCUGCCUGGUCUCUAACACCUGCCGGCUAUCGAUGGGGCGCCGAAAACAGAGACUUCAGCAAGGACGAUCCGAACGGGUUCACGACGUCUAUGGGUAUCAAGCGCAAGCUCUUGCUUAGCCCGCGAUAUAGGGGAUUCUUCCUCGUACCGGAAGACGGCAAGUGGAACUUCAAUUUCAUGGGCAGCAAUUUCCUCGGUCUAGAAAAGAAGCCGGUGCACGUCAAACUAGACACGCCCAUGUCCUUCUACAACGACCUGCACCGGCCAGAGCACUUCCACAACUUCGCGGAAAUGGAAGACCCCGGCGUAGACAGGAACGACAACUUCGCUUAAGGACAUACACAUAUCUUGGUAGGGAGAUCUUGGGACGAUCGUCGCGGGAGAUAUGCGGGAGAGGUUUGAUCGACGGGCUAUGAAUUGGAGAAUAGGAGAUAGCUGAAAGAUAAUAUCGGAAGUGACGAAAUGAUGCAUUACAAUGGCAUUUUCCGAAAAUUCGGUGCGAAGGUGUGCUUGUGUUUUUUCGGGAAUUUCUUCUUACAGGGCGUUCGAGGGGACAAAAUGGAAUUGAAUUAUGAAGUUCAGGGGAUUUUACAAGAGGCUCAGCUCAUCUUCUUACCCCAAGGCCUGUAUUCUCUCAUAUAACUACUACUAGCUACUCUAUUAUUGCUGUGCCGCUCAGGUACGUACCUCAUUGUAACAUAUCAGCUACAUACCGUACCUUAACCUAUGUAUACGAGAAUGUGAUAAUACCCCCCCCGCAACCAUGGACUCGGAACCGAGACUAAGUGCGUGACUUUGUGAUCACCAAUAUUCCGCAUAGCGAUAAUAAAAAAAUC